GCAGCCCUCCAUAUUGUUUCGUCUGCUAUACGUUCAUUUCUAAAUUUGUAUUUUGAUUAGAAGAACUUUCACUCCUGUCGAAUUGUUUGUACGUGAAAUCAUGUGAUAGCUUCGUUCCAAAUUUGUAAAAUACGCAUCUAAGCACAUCAACAUUCAAAUUAGCAUGUCGUUGAUCGAAGGAAUAGGCGAUGAAGUGCCCAUAUUUUUUGUUUUGGCAGCGAUUGUCAUAGUGGCAUUUAUGGUUCUGGCUUGGAAAUCGACAGAGGUCCCAGAAACUCCUCUGUCAUUACCUGUUCUUACAUUUACAUUAUCACAAAGAGAAAUUCCAGCUACAUCUGGGCUGGUUGCAGAUGAUGAUGGACCUUCAUUUCCAUUGGAAGAAAAUGAAUCAAAUCACGAAAUUUCCUCUGCAUCAAACCUAGAUGCGUCUAAUCAUCAAACUAUAGCUAGCUCAGCCAUUCAGGCAGAAAAUAAUGAAGAAACAGCCUCAGAAGUCCACCUUACGCCACACGAAACUGCAUCAGAUAAAAGUGAUGAGCCAAGAAGGAGACAAAUGGAUGCUUCACCAACACGAACAGAAGCUAUCAUAAGUGUGAAAUUGAUGUAUAUGGAUGAUACACACAGGCUGGUAGAAAGUCCUAUAAAUACAACCAUUGGAGACUUUAAAAAGACACAUUUUAAGAAUGAGUUGAACGCAAACAAAGUUGUCAAACUCAUCUAUAAUGGCCAAGUACUGAGUGAAGAAUCGUCCAUACUCUCUCAAGUGGGUCUCGACAAUAACUCGGUUAUUCAUUGUCUUAUUCAUCAACCUCGUUCUACCAAUACCACAACAACUUCUCCUCCUGCUAGCACCUUGCCUGGUCCUACACAACAACAGUCCACAGAAGAUGCUUUUCCACGACAAUCCGGCCAACAAACCGCUGCUGAAUCCAGUAUAGACAUCGGCGGCCUACUAGUCCCUCUAUUUGGAGUUAUUCUUGGCUUAGUUUGGUACUGCCGGAUCGCCUACGCCUCUUAUUUUACAGCUGCAGCGACAACUGGACUCGUUGGGCUUUCUGGGCUCUGCAUCUUUUCGGUCCUUAUUAUUUGGUACCCUGAACCCGAAGCUCCGUAAGCUGAUUACUUGUAGAUUCGAAGUUUUUCCCAAUAAAUAUGACACGUUGCCUCAUC